AUGUCGACUAGCAUGUGCACAAGACUUCUCUGCCAAACUGGCAGUGGCCGUGCCUUUCUCUCAGCUGUCUGGAAUACUUCUUCUUUUACCACCCCCCAGUCUAUGAUUUUGCCUCUUCACGUCAGACCCUGCUCUUCUCGUGGUAGGAGGUCCAGCCGAGGCUCGAGUCAGGAAAAAGGACAGGCAUUAUCUUCGGCUGGUCAUGAGAUGGACUUUCGGCUAAGCAGAUUGCAGAUUGAUGGCGUGCUGCGUGCUAAUGAGCAGUCUGUGCGUAUACCAGAGUUUGACAGACGUGGGGGUGUUAGCCCUGUGCUGAAGUUUGACAGCAAUCAGCUUGCAGCUAAUUCUCCACUGGAAGACAGACGCAGCAGUGCCACUUGCUUGCAGACCCGAGGAAUGCUGUUCGGAGUUUUUGAUGGGCACGGAGGCCAUGCUUGUGCUCAGGUUGUCAGUGAGCGACUGCCUUAUUAUGUCGCUGUGGCAAUGAUGGCCGAGUCCAGCCUUGAGGACUUGGAGGCAUCAAUGGAGACCCUACGACCUGUGCCUCCGAUACUGCAGUGGUACAAGCACCAUAAUGAUCACAACUACCGCGAGUCUGCUGCUCUCUACGUCAAUCAUUUACGCGUCUUCUGGCAAGAGCUGCUCGCGAGUGAAGAGCACGGGAGCGGAAUGAGUCCUGAUGAAGCCUUCAGUUAUGCAUUCCAGCGCCUAGACUCUGAUCUCUCUUUGGAGGCUCAGGUCCCACUUGCCAGUGAUCUGAUGCGGAACACGGCCGUCCAGGCUGCCUUUGCAGGCUGCACAGCCUGUCUCGCUCACGUGGGGCCAGAAGGAAUACACGUAGCAAAUGCCGGUGAUUGCCGGGCCGUGUUGGGUGUUCAGGAGAGUGACGGGAGUUGGAGCGCCCUGCCCCUGUCUCAGGAUCACAAUGCUGCCAAUGCAGCUGAAGUAGAGCGUGUGUGUUCGCAGCACCCACAAAGCGAGCGCCAAACGGUCAUUAUGGACGACAGGCUGCUAGGGGUUCUAAUGCCAUUGCGAGCUUUUGGUGACGUUCGCUUUAAAUGGAGCCGUGAGCUGCAGCAGAGUGUCCUCGAGAAUGGAGGCUGUGACUUGGAGGCACUAAACCUGUACCAAUACGCGCCACCCAAUUAUCUCACUCCACCAUACCUCGACGCCAAGCCCGAGGUCACCUACCAUCGUCUGCGGCCACAGGAUCGCUUCCUGAUCCUGGCGUCAGAUGGUUUGUGGGAUGAAAUUGACAACGAAGAGGCGGUCAGGCUGGUGGCAGAGCAUUUGACAGGCAUUCACCUGGAAUCGCCAGUCUCUGCUAGCCAGUGCCAACUCAGCCUGGGACAGAUGCACCAGCUUUUGCUGCAGAGGCAAGCCCGUGCCACGCCUGCCCUUGACGUAAAUGCAGCCACGCACCUGAUUCGUAAUGCUCUUGGUACUAAUGAAUACGGAGAGAUGGACCAAGAAAGACUGGCUGCCAUGUUGGCACUGCCAGAUGACCUGGCACGCAUGUAUCGCGAUGACAUUUCUGUCACAGUGGUUUAUUUUAACUCCAGUCUAAACAAAUCACCUCGUAAAAAUUAGUCACAGUUAUUAAUUUCUAGUGAUUUUGCUUAUA